AUGACCACCGCUAAAUCCUAUGACUACGUGAUUGUUGGGGCAGGAAUCGGGGGGCUGGUCCUCGCGUCCCGACUGACUGAAGACGCCGAUGUCAACGUUCUAUUGAUCGAGGCGGGGGCCAACCGCAUGGGCGAUCCCCGUAUCGAGACCCCUGGAUUUAUGGGCACCUUGUACGGCAACCCGGACUUCGACUGGGAUUACAUGAGCGAGCCUCAGGUCCAUGUGAACAACCGACAGAUGGCUCAGCCGCGAGGCCGGGUGGUUGGCGGCACCUCAGCCAUGAACUUCUCCGUGGUGAUGUACCCCUCUGAGGCCAACUUCGCGGCCUGGAAAUCGCUGGGGAACGAGGGCUGGGGGCCCGAAGACAUGGCCCCGUAUCUAAGAAAGUUCCACACCUACACCCCUCCAUCCGAAGCGACCUCGACCUUGCUGUCGCUGGAGCGCUACAUGAGCCCCGAAAACCAAGGGACGGGUGGCCCCGUUCCCAUCACCUUACCCGAUGUAUACGGGCCGUUCAACCAGGCCUGGGACGAGGCGUUCGACCGUCUAGGCUGGCGCACGGAUGCUGACCCCAUCGCCGGUCGCAAGAUUGGCGCCUUUACUGCACCCUUGACUGUCAAUGGGAAAACCGGCCAGCGAGGUUAUGCAGCAGCUUACUACUCGCCAGAGGUGGCACAGCGUCCGAACUUGGACUUGUUGGCGGAGACCAUGGUGGAGAAGGUAUUGUUGAGCGAGGUGGAAGGAGAAGUAGUCGCAACUGGCGUGCAAGUCCGAUGCAAGGAUGGGGCGCGGCGAGAAAUCCCUGCCACGCGAGAAGUCAUCCUAUGCGCGGGGACUUUGAACACCCCCCAGCUACUGGAGUUAUCCGGGAUCGGCCAGCGGGAGUUGCUGGAGAAGCACGGCAUCCCCGUUGUCCUCGAUCGCCCCGGGGUCGGAGAGAACCUGCAGGACCACUGCCUGGCCAGUAUCAACUUCGAAGUCGCUGACGGCCAAGUGACCGGCGACAUCAUGCGGGAUCCCAACGUGGUGCAGUCGUUGAUUCAGCUCUACGAACAGACGCGCGGAGGGCCACUGUCGGGCAUGCCCAUCAGCGUGGCAUACCUACCUCUGGUGGAUCACGACGGGCAGCUGUCCAGCGAGAAAGUCCACGAUCUGCUCUCGCAGCAUCUCGAUCAGCAGAUGGCGGAUUUCCCACCCGCGCAACAGAAGCAGUUUGCCCUGCAGCGCGAGCUGCUGCGGGCUGGUCACAAUGCCUCCUCGCAGUACAUGCUCAUGCCACUCCAGACGCACAUGCUGCCCGGCGCGACGACCCUCGCCGAUGUUCUGGCCAAGUCAAUGCCAGGCAACUAUCUGACCGUGAUGGUGCUGCACAACCACCCCUUCUCGCGCGGCUCGGUCCAUAUCCGCUCCGGGGACGUGGACGACAAGCCUAUUUUCGACCCCAAUUACCUCUCCCAUCCCCUUGAUCUCGAGAUACUGGCCCGUCAUGUCCAGUUCUUGGACAAGAUCGUCGCGACGGAGCCGUUGGCAAGCAUGCUGAAGCCGGAAUCGCGCAUUCCGCAGGGAGUCGUCGAUUACAGCGAUCUCGAAAAGACAAAAGAGGUGGUCAAGGAGCGGCUGUACACCUGCUUCCAUCCCUCGGGGACGUGCGCCAUGAUGCCAGCUGAACUGGGAGGCGUGGUCGAUUCGGAGCUGAAGGUCUAUGGCACUCGGAAUCUGCGCGUCGUCGACGCCAGCAUCUUCCCCCUGGAACCGGCGGGCAACAUCCAGGCCACGGUGUACGCAGUGGCGGAGCGAGCGGCCGAUUUGAUUCGUAGGCGCUAA